UUUAAAGAAAACACUUCGAUCAACACCUUCAUCACUCUCCAGUGGCUAAAAUAUGGAGAUGAUGUGCCAUGAAGAGGAUAGUUUAUAUGCAAAUGUCCCUGAUCCCUCAGCCAGGAGUGUUGAAUCAAAGAUCCGCUCUGAUGAAGACAGGAAAGUGGCUGCUGCAGAGUCUGGUAUAAAACGGUACAGGCUGGCUGCUGUGAUCCUUGGACUCCUGUGUAUGCUACAAGCUGCGCUCAUCAUUUUCCUUCUUAUUUCUCUCCUUUCAGAGAGAGACGAGUUUAAGAGAACCAACUUUGAUGUUGAGGCUGGUUACAAAAACCUGACUGAGGAGAGAGAUGACCUGAAGAGGAAGCUGAAUAACUUAAUUUCAGAGAGAGACGACUUGAAGAGAAACAACUUGACUCAAGAAGGAUGGGAGUAUUUCAGCGGUAGUUUCUACUACAUUUCUUCUACCAGGAAAACCUGGCAAGAGAGUAGAAAUUACUGUCUUCAAAAGGGUGCAGACCUGGUGAUUAUCAACCGCAAAGAAGAACAUGAUUUCACAACAAAAUUUAGGAAGCUCAUGUGGAUUGGCCUGACUGACUCAGAGACAGAGGAGAAGUGGAAAUGGGUGGAUGGGACUCCACUGACCGAAAGCUACUGGGAUUCCGGGGAGCCCAACGGUGGGAAAAGCGAGAACUGUGUGAAAAUAAAGAAGUUUGAUUCAGAAAACAGCUGGAAUGAUCUAAGUUGUUCCACUCCACUCAACUGGAUCUGUGAAAUGAAAGAUUGUCCAUAACUCUGCAACCAAAGCCACCAGACAGAAAACUAAGGACGAUAAAUAUAUUGCUGAUACAAUUUAAAUCUUCACAAAACCAACCUGAAUAUGCUCAUGUGGACAAAUCAUUUCCAAGUCAAUAUCAUUUCCAUCUCAGUGUGGGAUAAUCUGAAGCCUGGUUAUUUGCGCUGCAGUAAAGUGACCUGUUAACCCUGUGACGCCUGAAUUUAUUCACAAUUAUAUAAACAAAAUGAUGUGUGUUUCUGGCUCCAAGCUGAUGCUAA